ACAAUAGACAUAAUCUCAAGGCAUUUUCAGAGGCGGAUAGUGUAGGCACUAACAGAAUCCUACCCUUAAUUUACAUCCUGAGGGACACACGUGUGCCAUGUGCAGAAUAUCAGUGCUUAGUCUCUGUUAACGUUAGGGUCUGUAAGCUGUAUUUAUAUCACACCACCAGGGAAAUAGCAGGGGAAAUGGCUUUUGGCCAUGCCUGAGAAUUGUGGCUCUGGAAAAUCCUGGCCCAUUCUUAUCAGCCAGUGAGUUUAAAUUCAGGUCACAUUUUCUUUAAUAUACAAAUUAUAAUGACUGGAGCCUCCAGCACAGGAAUGGAACAGCUCUUUGGCGCCUGCUCCAAGAAAUUCCCUGAGCAUCUUUCCAGAAUGCUGUCUUACUCCCCUGAUGCAGAAGCUGCAAUGACAACCAUUUGAUCGCACCUCCAGGGGCAAAGGUUUUCCAUUACUGGUUUAACGAAGGCUUUGAUUUAAACAGUAUUUAUUAAGCAACAGCCAGUAUUUAUUAAGGCUUAGAUAUAAACAGUAUUUAUUAGAAUAUAUGUGUGAGUAGGUUUCCUUUCAAGCAGGGAUCUGGAAGCUUUUAUUGUAAAGGGCCAGAUAGUGAAUAUUUUAGGCUUUUGAGCCAUACUGUCCCUACCCAACUAUCCAACUGGUUAUCACAGAAGGGCAGCAGUCAGUAAUAUGUAAAUGAUUGGGCCUGGCUGUGUUGCCAAUAAAAUGUUUAUUUACAAAAAUCAUAGGAGACCAGCUGGCAGCUGACCUCUGGCGAGAUAAAUUUAAGACUAGAUUCUAACUCUCAAGAUACAGUCUAAUUGAGAUGGAAUCUGAGUGACAAACCAACACACCAAGCAACUACUACUUAUAAGAAGUGAAGACACACAAGAAUGAAGGAUGGAGCAGAUAAAGUGAAGUAUCAAGGUGUUGCUGCACUGGAUUCCAACAUAUCUGGAAAAAUCGGUCUACGUGCUGUCGUGUACUACUUCUGUACCACUGUCAUUGCUGUAAUUUUAGGUAUCGUGCUGGUGGUGAGCAUCAAGCCUGGUGUCACCCAGAAAGUGAAUGAAAUUGACAGGACAGGCAGCAGCCCUGAAGUCAGUUCAGUGGAUGCCAUGUUAGACCUGAUCAGGAAUAUGUUCCCUGAGAACCUUGUCCAAGCCUGUUUUCAGCAGUACAAAACCACACGUGAAGAAGUGAAACGUCCCAAUGAGCCAGGCACAAACAGGACGGAGGCAUCUGUCACAGCCAUCAUGACAACUGCUAUUUCCAAGAACAGAACAAAGGAAUACAAAGUCAUAGGCAUGUAUUCAGACGGCAUAAAUGUCCUGGGCUUGAUUGUCUUUUGCCUCGUCUUUGGAAUUGUCAUUGGAAAAAUGGGAGAAAGGGGACAGAUUCUGGUGGAUUUCUUCAAUGCUCUGAGUGACGCAACCAUGAAAAUCGUUCAAAUCAUUAUGUGCUACAUGCCGGUUGGUAUUUUGUUCCUGAUUGCCGGGAAGAUCAUAGAAGUCGAAGACUGGGAAAUAUUCCGCAAGCUGGGCCUUUAUAUGGCCACCGUCCUGAGUGGGCUUGCAAUCCACUCCAUUGUAAUUCUCCCACUGAUAUAUUUUCUAAUUGUACGAAAGAACCCUUUCCGAUUCGCCAUGGGAAUGGCCCAGGCUCUUCUGACAGCUGUCAUGAUCUCCUCCAGUUCAGCAACACUGCCAGUCACUUUCCGCUGUGCUGAAGAGAAGAACCGGGUGGACAAGAGGAUCACUAGAUUUGUGUUGCCCGUUGGUGCUACAAUCAACAUGGAUGGGACUGCACUCUAUGAGGCAGUGGCAGCUGUGUUUAUUGCACAGUUGAAUGACUUGGACUUGAGCAUUGGGCAGAUUGUCACUAUCAGUGUCACGGCCACAGCCGCCAGCAUCGGAGCUGCCGGUGUGCCCCAGGCCGGCCUGGUGACCAUGGUGAUCGUGCUGAGUGCCGUGGGGCUGCCCGCUGAGGAUGUCACCCUCAUCAUCGCUGUCGACUGGCUCCUGGAUCGGUUCAGGACCAUGGUGAAUGUCCUCGGCGAUGCAUUCGGGACUGGCAUCGUGGAGAAGCUCUCUAAGAAGGAGCUGGAGCAGAUGGAUGUUUCAUCUGAAGUCAACAUCGUGAACCCCUUUGCCUUGGAAUCCACGACACUCGACAAUGAAGACUUGGACACCAAGAAGUCCUAUGUCAACGGAGGCUUUGCCGUCGACAAGUCCGACACCAUCUCAUUCACCCAGACCUCACAGUUCUAGGGCCGUGGCUUUGGAAAACUGGGAGUGGUGAAGGACCUCUCCAGGAGAGUCAUCUCUUAGCAAAUUCAAACAUUAAGUAAGGAAAAGAAAAACACUAACAGCCAACUGUACAUUUGAUUUGAUAUACAGACCUCUGGAUUAUUUUCUAUAUUUGGAUUCACAGCUUUUGCUCUCCGAGUUCUGGGAUUUGGGGGUGGGGUAAGAUGAGAGAAAAUUGAUUGAAAGGAAAGCUGUAUUACCUGGAAUUUUUAAAUCCUGUGGGAGACAGAGUUAGGAAGUGUUUAAAGUAGUAACUGUUUUAAUUAGGUAAUAUCAAUAGAUGUGAAAGAGAAACUGCUUUCUCAUGCACAGACGAGUGUUUUGGGUUUUUAAAAAAGAUAUUCUGUCAUUACUCAGGCUUUAUUGCCAUGGAUUUCCUUUGACCUCUCACAUUUUUAUAGAUUAUAAUGCAUCUAAACACCCCGCCCCCCCGCAAGUUAAUGUGCCAAAUUGUCCAUUUUGAACUCAUCUCCGGCCAAUUUCAAAGAAACUACUCUGAAAGAAAACAGACCAGCACGGUUCUGCAGUAACAGUUUUAAGAUGUAUGUGAGGUCUGGGGAGAAGAGAGAAGGGUUCUUUUUUUCAAUGUACUGUAUUGGGACGCUGGUAACUAUUAAUCCAGUGUUCAGUAUAGAGCUAGAUAUAUAUAUAUAUAUAUAAAUAUGUAUAUAUUUAUUAUUUUCAUAUAGUUUGCCAGACAGAGAUCACAAUUGAACUGUCAACGUGAAAUACAGAGCUCUCCUUGUACUUGAAUAAUAACUACAAUUUCAAUCCAGAUAUGCUUUGGGGCUUAAUCAGAACCGCUCUCUCAUAAGCAUAAGAAUGAGAAAUCAUGUUGUUUGAUCGUUUCAUGUUUGUGUAUCAGCCCCAAAGCAGAGAUGUUAUUCUGGUGAUACUCUGAGGUGGCACGGCCCACUCAUUUACAACUUCCAGAUUCUACUUCUGGGAGGGAAUCCAUAUCAGCUCUAUAUAAGACUAUAUACAAAGUUGUCACUCAUAUAAGGCUGGAUGUGUUUUUAUCCAACUGGAUGUGUUUAAUAUAAUAAUUAUAUUAUCCAACUAUAAUUCUUCCAAAGUCAAUUAUACCUGCUUAAAAAGACAGUACUUUGCCCUUUCCUACCCACCAGGCCCAAACAACAAUGGCAAGCUACCAGCUAAGUUGUAUUUUAAUAUGGGUUUGAUGGACUGAACAAGCCACAUUGGCCAGAAAAGCACUGUCCCUACCCUAGAUUCUUGCAGAGUAAAUCCCACAACAUGAGACAUUGGUAUCAGUGGUUCAGGGAAAUUCUUCCGUUGUAUGAAACUUGUGUCCUCCUCCAGGGAAGUUUGUUCUAACUAACUAGUAGUCUAGUAAUCUUGGCCCCUGCUCAUUAAAAUCCGUUGCCUGUCAUUCUUCUGCUCAUUUGUGAAGACAGCGUAUUGAAGUCUGUGCUCGGCUCUCAUCUUGUAAAUAAUGCUUACCAUAUACUUGUGUUUACACUGAGAUCCAAAAUAGUCCUGUUUCUGCAGUAUUGCGUAGCCAAUUUAAGCCUGUGCUUUUAUAUUUAAGAAACCAGAAACUGUGCCAAAGAUCAUGGAAUAGUAAAACAAAAUGCUCAGUAUUGACCACCUGCACCUGAAAUCUACAAGAGGAUGAUACCAAAUGGUCAUGUACACAUAAAUUAUGGACCCAUGAUUCAAUGUGAAUUUUAACAUGCAAAUAUUGUGGUGUUGUUUAGGAAGUAAAUAUAAAUACAGUUGAAUCAGUAAUUUAUCUUGGGCUGAAUGGUUCUACCCCCUUGGCAGCCUGCUUUGAUUUGAGACACUGGAGUUGACAGAGCCAUUCGUGAACUGCAGGUCAUCCUUAUUUUGGAGUGAGUUUGUAACCAGCCUCUUAACACACUGUGCUGUUAACUCAUAAAAGAGAACAAUGUUCCAUUUCAGUCUCAAUAAACAUUUCCAUCAUUCUUUCUUCUCUGCCUUUUCCUUCCCUAAUCUGUUCUUUUAUCUCACGAACUCUGAUGGGUGUGGGAAGGGAGAGACCUGGUCAGUUGAUAGUCACACGUGAAACAUCUCAUUGCCCUAGUAAUUCCAGAGACUGCAGGAGGCACAGGUUGUAUCUUACACUCCUUAGCAUAUCUCGUCCCAUACCCCCCAGGGCACAUUACAAUACUGAGCAUGUAGUAUUACUAAAAACAAACAUAUCUCAUUGUAGUUUUGAUUUGCAUUUCUCUAAUGAUUAAUGAUGUUGAGCAUUC